GAAGCCGCGGAGGAGCGGAGCGGAGAGGAGGAGGCAGGGGUGUCUCUUACCAAGGAUGAUAUCAAGACCUCGCUCAAGGGACUGUCGAAGACGAUUGAUGGCAGUGGAUACGCGUUCACCAUAGCAGAACUGCCCGGUAGGGGGUUGACGGACAUAAAAGAAUUGCAGGGGUACGUGCACUUGAGAUAUGUGAACCUCUCGGGGAAUCUGAUUACAGAGCUCGAUGCUCUUUCGGAGAUGAACCAUCUUCUCUCUAUCGACCUGUCGAACAACAGAUUGGAGAAUGUGAAACUGCCUGCGCUGGAAUUCCUUCAAAUUCUAGAUCUCUCGAGGAAUCGUAUCAAAGAGAUUCAGGAGCUCGCCUUUCCCAUGUUGACAAAACUCAUCCUCAGCCAGAACCAAAUUGAAAGCAUCGGAAAGCUGGAUGGGAACCCGAACUUGAAGCACCUGGACCUCGUGGAGAACCAACUAACAUCAUGCGAAGGACUAGGGGUAUCUUCGUUGGAGCAGCUGAAGCUUCGAGCAAACAAGGUGACAGGACUGAAAGGGCUCGAGAAUGUCGUACAUGUCACAGAGCUGGACAUGAGCGAAAAUGCGAUCGAAAGCCUGGCAGGGCUGAAUCCUGAGGGGAAGCUGAAGACUUUGAUCGUGGCUAAUAACCAGAUCCCUACCAUGGAGGCCUUGGAGGCGCUGGGAGCUUUGAAGUUAGAAAACUUGGACGUGAGAGAGAAUCCGAUGAUGGAAAACUUUGAGAAGCCAAAGCUGAUCAAGACGAUCCCCUCCCUCAGCUCGCUGAAUGGAGAGCCAUUGACCGCUGAAGAGAAGGAGGCAGCG